AAAUUAUCCAUUUCAAUUUAGUAAUUUAAUGGGGGAAAAAUGGAAUGGAUUCAAUGGAGUGCGAUAGAAACAACAAUUAUACUUCUCUUGAACAAUAAUAAAAUCAAAUAAGAAAAAGCAGAAGGAAAAUUCAAGGAGAUGAAUGGAUGCCCAGCAGCAACUAAAUUCAGUUCUCACCGUACCAAUCUCUUCGGUUUCACUCCGAUCACAACCACCACCCAACGAAAACCAUUAAAACUCAGAGCAGGCAGCAGCGGCACCAACCGAAACGACAACAAAGAGAAAGAUAACGACAGCACAAGCAGCAAGCAGCAGUCUCUAAGUUUGGACGAUGUCAACCCCGUCGGACUCGGUCGGAAAUCUCGUCAAAUUUUCGACGAAGUAUGGAGAAAAUUCUCAGGUUUGGGACAAAUCUCAAGAACUACACGCACCGAUGAAAUGGAAGCUUUAGACGCUUUACUUAUAAGAGAAGGCCCCAUGUGCGAGUUCGUUAUCCCCGGCGCUCAGAAUACCACCGUCCUUGUCGUCGGCGCUACGAGCCGCAUUGGCCGGAUUGUUAUCAGAAAACUGAUGCUUAGAGGCUAUACUGUCAAAGCCUUGCUCAGAAACGCUGACCAGCAAGCCAUUGAUAAUCUCCCGCGCUCGGUCGAGAUUGUUAUUGGUGACGUGGGUGAUCCUGCUACUGUUAUGGCUGCUGUUGAAGGCUGUAAUAAGAUUAUUUACUGUGCCACCGCUCGUUCUUCCAUCACUGGCGAUCUUUUUAGAGUCGACCACCAAGGCGUUUCGAUUCUGACUAAAGCGUUUCAGGAUUAUAAUAAUAAACUUGCUCAGCUUCGCGCGGGUAAAAGCUCGAAGAGUAAGCUUUUGAUUGCGAAGUUUAAGUCUCCGAGUUCUUUGACGGGCUGGGAAGUUCGGCAAGGUACUUAUUUUCAGGAUGCUGUUGUUUCCAAAUAUGAUGCUGGUAUGGAUGCUAAGUUUGAGUUCACUGAUGAAGGAGAAGCCGUGUUUUCAGGCUAUGUAUUCACCAGAGGAGGUUAUGUGGAACUCUCAAAGAAGCUUUCUCUUCCCCUGGGUUAUACACUUGACAGAUAUGAAGGUCUGGUGCUCUCUGUCGGAGGAAAUGGAAGGUCCUAUGUCUUAAUUCUUGAAGCUGGCCCUUCUGCUGAUACCUCACAAAGCAAAUUGUAUUUUUCCAGGAUUACUACUAAAGUUGGAUUUUGUAGGGUCAGAAUUCCCUUUUCAUCUUUCCGCGCUGUGCAACCGGACGAUCCUCCAUUAGACCCUUUCCUUGUGCACACAUUGACAAUACGCUUUGAGCCUCGAAGACAGAGGCCUACAGAAGGACCUGUAGAAACAAAGCAAGAUUUAAGAAGCUUUAAGCUCAAACUGGAAUAUAUAAAAGCCUUGCCUACCGGGCAAGAAACAGACUUUGUCUUAGUCUCAUGUACAGGAUUAGGAGUGGAACCUAGCAGAAGGGAACAAGUUCUGAAAGCCAAGCGGGCAGGGGAAGAUUCACUGAGGAGAUCAGGCCUUGGAUACACAAUCGUUCGCCCUGGUCCUCUAAAGGAAGAACCCGGAGGCCAACGUGCUCUCAUAUUUGACCAAGGAAACAGGAUUUCUCAGGGCAUUAGCUGUGCGGAUGUGGCUGACAUCUGUGUGAAAGCACUACACGAUUCAACAGCAAGAAAUAAAAGCUUCGACGUGUGCUAUGAGUACGUUGCUGAACAAGGGAGGGAGCUUUAUGAACUGGUGGCUCAUCUUCCUGAUAAAGCAAACAACUAUUUGACACCAGCUCUCUCAGUUUUGGAGAAAAACACUUGACAAUCUUCUGUAAUUGAGAAAAAGAACACACGUGAUCGUUUACUACCAAAGCAGAAAACAGAAGAAGGAACAGAAACUGCAUGAGUAAAACAAUUGUUUUAGUUUUUGCGUUUGUAAAUUGCCUCAGAUGUUCACAUGGAAGUGUAUAUUGUAUUUGUAGUUUCAUUCAUAUAAUGUAUAAACAAUAUGGGAUCCCAAGGAUGCAAAAAGUUUCAUAUUGCACAUAGUUUCAAUAUAAUAUUUGAGAUUUUAUCC